ACAAGGUAAGCUACGGUAGUUUUAGCUUUGAAAGCCUCAAAAACUUGCAAAAGAGCAAAAAGUUUGAAAGAUACAUUCCAUCUCCCUUUUUGUUGGGUUAUAAAUACAUUCCAUCUCCCUUUUUGUUGGGUUACAAAUCUAUAAUUCAAGGAAUCCUAUAAGUUGCUGCAAACUCAUUUCCUUCUCGAAUGGGAAUUUUGUUUUCCUGUCCAUUCGCCGAAUACAGCGAUUUGGAAAAGGCAUUUGAAUGUGUUACUGUCAAAUCUAUUAGCUUUGGAAAUGAUGAAUCAAAAACUCCUGUGCGAUCAGUUAGUUUUGGCAGUGGAGAUUUGGAGCCCAUGAUAAUGAAAUCUUUGGGUUCUGGAAAGAUGAUAGUGGAAAGAUCUGUUAGCUUUAAGGGCAGAGAAUUGGAAGAGGGGAUCUCAGUUAAAGACCGUUCACUGCACAAAGAAAAGGAUGCUGUGGUUACUGCAGUAAGGACAAGUAGCACUGAGGAAGAUAAUCAGGCACACAACUCUGAUAGUGAUGCAGGAAUGGUCCAAAAAUUUCCAAUUUUGGAUCCCAGCAAUCCUAAGCACCAGGCUGCUGUAAAAUUGCAGAAAGUGUAUAAAAGCUUCAGAACCAGGAGAAAGCUUGCAGAUUGUGCUGUUCUUGUUGAGCAGAGCUGGUGGAAACUUUUAGAUUUUGCUGAACUCAAACACAGUUCUAUAUCAUUCUUUGAUAUUGAGAAACAUGAAACGGCCAUUUCUCGUUGGUCGAGAGCAAGAACAAGAGCUGCCAAGGUUGGGAAAGGUUUGUCAAAAAAUGACAAAGCUCAAAAGCUUGCUUUACAACAUUGGCUUGAAGCGAUUGAUCCACGACAUCGAUACGGACAUAACCUGCACUUCUAUUAUGUAAACUGGCUUCAUUCUAAGAGUAGAGAACCUUUCUUUUACUGGCUAGAUAUAGGAGAAGGAAAGGAAGUAAAUCUUGAAAAAUGCCCUCGAACAAAACUUCAACAGCAGUGCAUCAAGUAUCUUGGUCCGAUGGAGAGAAAGGCUUAUGAAGUUGUGGUGGAGGAGGGGAAGUUCAUUUACAAGCAGACAGGGGAGCUGCUUCAUACUACUGCAGAUGCUAAGUGGAUUUUCGUCCUUAGUACAUCUAAGACCUUAUAUGUUGGCAAGAAAAAGAAAGGUACGUUCCAGCAUUCCAGCUUCUUGGCUGGAGGAGUUACGACUGCUGCUGGUAGAUUAAUCAUUGAAAGCGGCGUUCUUAAGGCAGUUUGGCCACAUAGUGGACAUUAUCGGCCUACAGAACAAAAUUUUAAAGACUUCCUUUCAUUUCUCCGAGAAAACAAUGUGGAUCUCACUGAUGUAAAGACAAGUCCAGUAGAUGAGGAAGAUGGCUCAUUUGAUAAGCUGCGGAGCAGUAGGCAUAUUAGAGCAUACUCAUCUGAAGAGGACUUGAUCCAAACUGUGAAUGACCUAGAUAUAGAAGAAAUCAACACUGAAAACUUGACUAUGGAGAGUAUUGAUAUAAUGGAAGAUGAGAUUUCUGUAGCAUUGGAAGAACAGAAGUCAGGACAGGUCCACAGCUUUAGUAGGAAAUUGACCAAUCUUGAAAUACCAAAGAGGGAUAAAUUGUUUGAGGGUGUACAGACUGCAAAUGCAACUGUUGUACCAAGUGUCAACAAUGCACAUACAGAUCCUCUUGUAGAAGAUGGUUGUGAAUGCGUCGCAGGUGAAGAAUUGAUUACAGAACAGGGUGACAAGGUGCUGAAGAAAAAAUUGUUUGAAGAACAUGAAGAUAAUGAAGUAGAAAAAAUUCCUGAAGAGGCAAUUCUCCAAAGGAUUAAUUCAAAGAAGGAAACAAAGUCAUUUCAGUUGGGUAAACAGUUGUCCUGCAAAUGGACAACAGGGGCAGGGCCACGGAUCGGAUGUGUUAGGGACUAUCCUUCGGAGCUCCAGUUUCGAGCAUUAGAGCAAGUAAACUUGUCCCCAAGAAGGAUUGCCCAUGCAAGAAGUCUGGGUACAUUCAACCUAAAGGUGUGUAUACCAGCUGGGUUUAGUGCUGAAGCACCUGCAACAAUGGCUUGAAAAGGAGAAUUUUGAAACACCGUACUUACAGUGUUGGAAAGACAUCAAUAACAACCGUAGAUAACAUGUCGUUUAAAGUAGUUUCUAACUGAUUUAUUCUUUCAUGUGAAUAGAAAAGAUGAUAUAGGGAUUUUUUUCAUCAUUCUUUUUCUUUUCUAGCUUGUCAAAAUCAUUUAUACAUUUUUUGUACCUGUUCAUUCAUCUUGUACAAUAUGAGAUGAAAUUUGUAAAACCUUGUGGGGUUUUGAAACCCUUUUAUACAAAAGAAGAUAAUUCUUUUA